UUGGUCCGUCAUGCCAUUUGGCAAACCUGACCACAUACGGAACAUUUUUCGUGACCACUUUUUUUCUCUCUACACUAUCGAGAUAACUCUCCUUACUCUUCCUUCAUGGCUAUGCAUAUGCAGUUAUGUCAAUUUGUGUGCGAUAGGCUUAUGCCCGUAUCAGACUACGCAUUGAAAAUUGAAGAUUGAAGAUUAAAGAUUGAAAUUUGACUAAUCAAAACAAAAGGGACUAAAAUUUCUUUGUCCUGAUUGGUCAAAUUUCAAUCUUCGAUCUUCAAUCUCAAUCUUCAAUGCGUAGUCUGAUACGGGCUUUAUGUCCAUGAUUGGCAGUGAAUAUCGAAACAUAGCCGUAGUAUGCAAUUAAGAAAUAAGUUUUUUGUGAAAAGAUCUUUUAGUUUUUGUAAAUAGUAACGUUAUAUUAAAAAGAUAUAUAAUUCGUGAUGUCGUUGUCAUUGGAUGCAAUUGCCCAUAACACAGCUAAGACAGUUAUAAACUUGAAUAUUUUAAGACAGAUAGAAAAAGAUCUUGAUAUAGACGAGAAAAUUUCUGUAUUAUUUUUAAUAAUAGAAGAUUAUGCAAAUGUAUUUAGAGAUAUUUUUGAUCUUUUUCAAAAAGCAAAGACAGAAAAUUCAUACAUAAUUAUAGAUUAUGUAAAGAAGUAUCCAGAAAAUUGGGAAGAUAAAAUUUUAGAAGCAUUAUGCAUUCUAAAUAAUCGAGAAGUAACAAGGAAAUUAAGAAUAUCAUUUAACGAUUUAGAUUUACAAUAUGUUCCAAAGAUCAGAUCAUAUUCAAAAAAUAUAAAUAUAGUUGCAAAGUGCUUAUAUAGACUAUGUGAAUCUUUUAAUGAAAGUGAGCAAAAACUAUUAUUAAGCUAUAUUAAAUCUGAUAACUCUAAUUAUGAAUCAUUACUGGAUGAUAUAGAUUAUCUUGAAUUGCAUAUGUUAUAUUGGAUGCAAAUUAAAUACAUUACAAUUUCAAAAGAUGAAAAGCAUAAUAUGGAAAAAUUAUUAAAACAUUUGAAGAAAUUCGAAAAUUUAAAAAUAAUUUCCAUUGAUUUGGAGAAAUUUGAAAAUCGAUUGCAUGUCGUUGAUACUCAUGGAAAUUUUGGGAUAAAUGAUAAAAACUAUCUUCAUCCAAUUUUCCUAGAAGGAUCAUUUCUUGCAGAAAAAAAUAACAAAAAGAAAAUACAACCUAUUAAUAAUGGAUUAUGUAUUAUUAUAAACCAGAUAUAUUUUGGAAAAGAGUAUGAGACGCGAUUUGGAAGUAGUACGGAUUGUAAUAAUUUAUCUGAAACAUUUCAAGCUUUUGGAUUUAAAAUAGAGAUAUUUGAAAAUCUAAAGAGAAAAGAAAUGUUAGAAAAAAUAAAAAAUAUUUCAAAAGACCAUGAUAACAAGUAUGAUUGUUUAUUUCUUUGCAUUUUAAGUCAUGGAUAUAGAGGAGGUGUAAUUUCAUCAGAUGAAAAAGAAGUUUCACUGGAAGAAAUUGAAAAAGCUGUAUGUUGUAUGGAAUUGAAAGAUGUUAUAAAAAUUGUUAUCAUACAAGCUUGUCAAGGAAAGACACGUGAUUUUAUUUCCACAGGAAGUAUAAAUAAUUGUUUGACAAUUGAUGGUUUAUCUGAUUCUCCUGCACUGGUAUCAGAAGACGUUCGCCAAUUUAGAAAAUUUUUAAUAUUUAUGUCAACAAUACAAGGUUUUGUAUCAGUACGUCAUAAAGAUCAAGGUUCAUGGUUUAUACAAGAAGUUUGUAAAAUUCUCAAAAUUUAUGGGAAUCAGUUGCCUUUCAUUGAAUGCGUUAGAAAAAUAAUGACAUCUAUGCAAGAAAGAAAUGGUAAAAUAGAAGGAACUCAAGUUGUGCAAUUGCCAGAAAUACGCAAUGAUCGUUUAGAUUCAGACUUUCAAUUAAAAAGUAUAUUUAAUCCUGCACUUUAAGUAGUAAUCAUGCAUUUUAAAUGUUUUUUUCUAUAUGUACAUAUGUAAAAAAUGUACAUAUAUAUUAAUAUAAUAUAUAUGUAUAUUGAUAUAGUGUAUAUAAAAUUAAUUUUUGAAAAAUAAGAUAAAUACUGUAAUAUAAUAAAUUUGAAGAUAUAGAUUCAAAAAAUAGUUAAAUAUUUUAAUAAGAUUUGCAAAAAAUUUAUUUAUAGAUUUUAAAAUAUGCUACUUUAAGUCUAUAUUCUACUCUUAAGAGAGAAUUUAUUACAUUUUAUAAAUAUUUGUCUUGUGUAUUAUUUUCAAAAUAUGCUAAUUAUACAACUAUUUGUAAAUAUAGGAAGCGUUUUAUAUGUGAAAGGUAUAAAUAAAAGAUUUUAUUUGUAAAUUAAGAAAAAUACUUACAGAUUAUGUUAAUAAUAAGCAUUUAAAACAUUGUGACAUACAUUUAUAUAUCAGGUCUACC